GGCUGGCACCUGGCUCCGGGCAGCCGCGGGAUUAGGCUUCGCCUGCCACAAUUUCGGGACAAGGAUGGCCAGACUGCCCGUGGCCAUGAGCGCUCCUCAGUACUCCUGGGGCUGAGGCUGGGCUGGCCGCCAUGGGGCUGGGUGGGCCCUGGGCCUGGCUGCUGGGCCUGCCCACGGCCAUGGUCUAUGGCUCCCUGGCCCUCUUCAUCUCUGUCCUGCACAACGUGUUCCUGCUUUACUACGUGGACACCUUUGUCUCAGUGUACAAGAUCAACAAAGCUGCCUUCUGGGUCGGAGAGACGGUGUUUCUCCUCUGGAACAGCCUCAAUGACCCCCUCUUCGGCUGGCUGAGUGACCGUCAGUUCCUCAGCUCCCAGCCCCGGUCAGGCGCCAGGCUCUCCUCGAGGGCCGUGGUGCUGGCACGGGUGCGGGCACUGGGCUGGCAUGGGCCGCUGCUGGCGCUGUCGUUCCUGGCGUUCUGGGUGCCCUGGGCCCCAGCUGGCCUGCAGUUCUUGCUGUGCCUGUGCCUCUACGAUGGCUUCCUGACGCUCGUGGACCUGCACCAUCAUGCCUUGCUGGCCGACCUGGCCCUCUCAGCCCACGACCGCACCCACCUCAACUUCUACUGCUCCCUCUUCAGUGCGGCUGGCUCCCUGUCUGUCUUUGCCUCCUACGCCUUCUGGAACAAAGAAGACUUCUCUUCCUUCCGCGCCUUCUGCCUGGCACUGGCCGCUGGCUCUGGGCUGGGCUUUGUGGGGGCCACACGGCUGCUGAGGUGGCGGGUGGAGGCGGCCAGCAGGGAACCGGGGUGCCCAACCCUGGCUGUGGAUGGCAGCCUGUGUGAAGAAGAAGAGCUGCUUCUGGGCGGCGAGGAGGCGGGCAGCGUCACCUUGGGCCAGUACCUCCGGCAGCUGGCCCGCCACCGGAACUUCCUGUGGUUCGUGGGCAUGGACCUGGUGCAGGUACGGGAGCAGUCUUUCAACAGCAACUUCUUCCCCCUCUUCCUGGAGCAUCUGCUGUCAGACCACAUCUCCCUCUCCACAGGCUCCUUCCUGUUGGGCAUCUCCUAUGUCGCUCCGCAUCUCAACAACCUCUACUUCCUGCCCCUGUGCCGGCGCUGGGGCGUCUACGCUGUGGUGCGUGGGCUCUUCCUGCUCAAGCUGGGCCUGAGCCUGCUCAUGCUGUGCGCCGGCCCCGACCGCCCUGGCCUGCUCUGCCUGUUCAUUGCCAGCAACCGUGUCUUCACUGAGGGCACCUGUAAGCUGUUGACCUUGGUGGUCACUGACCUGGUGGACGAGGACCUGGUGCUGAACCACCGCAAGCAGGCGGCCUCAGCGCUUCUCUUUGGCAUGGUGGCCUUGGUGACCAAGCCAGGCCAGACCUUCGCCCCACUGCUGGGCACCUGGCUGCUGUGCUUCUACACAGGUCAUGAUCUCUUCCAGCAGCCCGCACUGACGCCUGUGGGGAGUGCCCAGCCCUGGCCAGAGCCCCCGGCUCCACCCCCACCACAGGCCCCGACGCUCCGCCAGGGCUGCUUCUACCUGCUGGUGCUGGUGCCCAUCACCUGUGCUCUGCUGCAGCUGUUCACCUGGUCCCAGUUCACGCUGUAUGGGAGACGCCUGCACGCGGUCAAAGCCCAGCGUCAGAACCUGUCACGGGCCCAAACCCUGGACGUUAAGACGGUGUGAGGGGAGCGGCAAGGCCACCCUGCUGAGGACACUACCUGCAGCCCUGGGCGGCCAGCCCCUUUCACCUUCCUGGGGUGCAGCCUGGAGGACAGAUGGUGGAGUGGGAGCUCCUGGGGCUGAGCAGGGAGCGUCACUGAGGUCUAAGUUCCUGCUUGGCUGUCGGGCCCAGCUUGGGCAAGCGUUGGGGCGUUUGUGCUCAGGGACCCGCUUCCUCCUAUGCGGCAGGAGGAAGAAGAGGAUCACGAAGGGAGGGGGCCUGCCCUGUGGUCACGUGGGGUUGCUGUGGGCACAGAGGCCUAUCCCCCUACCUGGCUGGGGCUGGCGCCCUAUGUGGGCUCGAAAACCACUUUGGCCCAGUCAGAGGAAGCUGACUGAGUCCCACCUGCCCCCUGCGGUGGCUUCUCUCAGAACUCUCUGCCUCAGCUGUGCGUGGAGUAGCACGCCCUAGCUGCUGCAGGGCGCCCGCGCCCCCAGCUGGCCUCUCAGCGAUGUUCAUUUCAUCACAGACUGAUCGAAGUCGGUCAUUUCUAUUCCCACUCCUGAGGUCUGUGCUGUGUGUGGGAGUGGUGGUGGGGGAACAGGAUUCCUUACUUAAUAAGAGCAGCCUGAGAGCAUUUUCAGAGAUGAGUGGGGGGGCCACCCACAUCAGAGUCACUGGGGUAGCAGGGAGAGCCUGCAGGCCCAUGGCCGCAUGGGCCCUUGGGAGCAAAACAGCUUUCAGGCCUGCGGUCGUAGCCCCAGUGCGUUUCCCAUGUACCACUGCUGGACGUGGUGGGCAAGGAGGAGUGGCCACUUCUAGGCUAGAGGUCCUUAACCUUGGAGUCGCUGGGGAGCUUGCAAAGAUGCUGGUGUCUGAGUUGUUCCCCAAGAUUCUGAUUUCGUGGGUUUGGGUACCGCCUGGCACUGGGGUUUUGGAAAGCUCUGUGGUGACUUUACUGUGCAGCUGGGACUGAGAACCUCUGCUUGAGGUCAGCGUUUCUCGGCGUUGGCACUACAGUUGGGGCUGGGCUGUUCUUUGUUGUGGAUGUUUAGCAGCAUCCCUGGCCUCUGCCUACUAGAUGUCAGCAGCAUCUCCCUCCAGUUGUGACGACCAGACAUCUCCAGGCAUUGCCAAGUGUGUCCUAAGGGGCAAAACUGACUUUUUUUUUUUUUUUUUUUUUUGCGGUAUGCGGGCCUCUCACUGUUGUGGCCUCUCCUGUUGCGGAGCACAGGCUCCUGACCGGCAGGCUCAGUGGCCAUGGCUCACGGGCCCAGCCACUCCGCGGCAUGUGGGAUCUUCCCGGACCGGGGCAUGAACCCGUGUCCCCUGCAUCGGCAGGUGGACUCUCAACCACUGCGCCACCAAGGAAGCCCCGAAACUGACUUUGAUUGGGAACCACUGCUCUAGGCCAAUGGUUAUUUGAGGGUGUGCACAGCGGUUAAGAAUGGAUUAACAUUUGUAAAGUGCCUGGAAAACCGCUCCCUUCCCACCAAGUAUACAGGUUUAAAAUGGAGAACUGAUUAAUCAGAAUAUCUGCACGUGGGCCCCGGGAACAGUAUUUUAAUAAGCUUCUGACUUCAGAGAUGUGAAGAGCUGGCCCCCUCAUUUGGGGUGGAGUCUCAUCCAUGGGCUUGGGCAUGUGCACAGGCCUGGGACCCUCAUUCCUGACCUGGUCUUUGGGCUUCGUUGUGAACACCAGCUUCUCUGCGUCCACCUGACAGGCUGGGGCUUGGGCUAGGGUCAGGCCAAGUCUGGCUGGUGCAACAGUGCCCUCUAGAGGACAGACUAGGCCCAGUCACAGCCUCAGAUUCCGGGCCCACAGCUCCUCCCUCCUCCCACCCUGCACUGGCUACAGACAGAGGCCCAGCUGAUGUGUCUAUUGGAACGAGUUUAUUUAAGUACACUGGGCCCCACCAGGCAACAUGGUUUGUGCGAGGCUGUGCGAGGGACAGGCUUGGGCUAAGGGCGGGGGAGGUGAGCUGGUUAAGCACAUUGCAGUCUGUGGGUCGCCACAUCGCUUUCACACACACCUGCUGCUGCGGCCCACACCUGGCAGGGCCUUUGGUCGUUGGACGGCAUGGGGGAGAAUACUGCCUGGAAUCUGGGAUCAGGGCAGGUCUUGGUGUCACAGGUGAGGGUGCCGGUGAAUAUCUGCUAGCCCCAGCUUUGCACCAUCUGGCCUGAAGAGCCUUGGGACCACUGCCAGGCCAGCCCAGUCCAGGGUAGGCACCUGGCCCCACUGGACCAGAGGAGGUGAGCCUGAGCCCAUCAGCUCCUGGCACUCUGGUCUGGCCCCUCCCUAACCAAAUAAGUGCAAAGACAAGAAUGGCACAAAUCAGCCCAGAGGGGGCCAUCUCGCCUCUACAACCUAGUCCCCCCUGGGUCAGCUAGCGUGGGAAAAAGCAACUUAAUUGCAGCUCUUUCUCCAGUCCUAAGGAGGCUGGAUCCCCCAAACCCCUCCUUUGCUAGCAGCCUCUGCCAAAGGGUGAUUCUACCUCCUGUUUCAGAAAAUCCAACCAGCAACCAGCCUGUUGAUUCCAGGGUGGUGAGCAAGUAGAAGAGGGAGAAAGAGGCUGGAGUGACUUUGAGUGUAGCCUCUGAUCCCAAAUGGUCCUGAGGCCUAUGGAUACUGUCAGUUCACCGUUAGCAGGGAGUGGCGGGGCCCUGGACGCUAUGCCAAGCUUAGGUGCUGUAAACGUGUGAACAGGGUGACUGGCGGGCAGGAGGCAGUGAGCUCCCUCACUCCAGUCCCUGUACUGUACAAACACUUCAAUAAAUAAAACUGAAGAUGGCUUUGCCC